AAGCCUAAUCCUCUGGUCCUCUCUCCGCAGUGCACCAACCCCCUGCCAGGGCUGACCAGGCUGGAGGACUGCUGCGGCAGCGUGGGGCUCUUCUGGGGUGCGGACCGGUGCCUGGCCUGUCCCCGCCGGCCAGCACACCCUGUGAUUGAGAAUGGGCAGGUGGAGUGUCCCCAGGGAUACAAGAGGCUGAACCGGAGCCACUGCCAAGAUAUCAAUGAGUGCUUGAUGCAGGGCCUGUGCAAAGAUGCCGAGUGUGUGAACACUCGUGGCAGCUUCCGCUGCACCUGCAAGCCUGGCACCAUGCUGGACCCAUCCCGUAGCCACUGCAUCUCGGACAAAGCGGUGUCGAUGGAGCAGGGGCUGUGUUACCGCUCUGCAGCUGGAGGCGUGUGCUCCUUCCCCCUCUCCCACCACAUCACCCAGCAGAUCUGCUGCUGCAGCCGUGUUGGCAAGGGCUGGGGGAAGAACUGCGAGGAGUGCCCCAUGCCCGGCUCAGAAGCCUUCAAGGAGAUUUGCCCAGCAGGACAUGGGUACACCUACUCCAGCUCUGAUAUCCGCCUGUCAAUGAGGAAGGCAGAGGCAGAAGAGCUGCCCCUCAGCUUGGAAGAGCAAGGGGAGAAUAGCAACUGGACGUUGGACUGGGCAGCAAAGAGACAGCAACUUCAGGACAGCCUACGUGGGAGCGUCCUGGAGGCAUUCCCCCACCCUGGCACAUUGGCAGGAGAGGGUGAAGUUUCUCUUGCUGCACAGGGCGCUGCUGAUGCCACCACAGAGCCUGCCACGCACAGAGAGGAAGAGGAGUACUGGCGUGGGCCUCCCCAGCCUGGCCUCACCGCCACCUGGGAUGCUGCUGCUCCAACACAGAAGCCAGCACAGGGCUCAGGCGUUGGUGCCUGUGCCUCUUCAUCCCUCUCCUGUGGAGCUGGCACUUGCAUGCUCACCCCAGAGGGAUACAGCUGCUUGUGCCACCCUGGCUACAUGUUGGACCCCAGCCAGCUCCGCUGCAUCGAUGAAGAUGAGUGCCUGAAGGAUCCUUGUGCUGGAAAAGGUCGCUGCAUCAACAGCAUGGGCUCCUAUUUGUGCGUCUGCUACUCUGGGUACACGCUGGUUGUCUUGGAGGGCAAGCAGAGCUGUGAGGAUCGAGAUGAAUGUGAGCAGCCCUCUACCUGCAGGGGACAGCAAUGCAUCAACACCCCCGGCUCCUACCGCUGCGAGUGCAAGGAGGGCUUUGCCAUGGGCCCCAGAGGACAGUGUGAAGAUGUCAACGAGUGCGUGGAUCCCAGCCCUUGCCACAGCGGGAAGUGUGUCAAUACACUGGGAUCCUAUAAAUGUGUCAGCUGUGGGGAUGGCUACCGGCCCAGGAAUGGGAGAUGUAUUGAUGUGGACGAGUGCCUUGCAGAGGGGACCUGUGCUCACGGACGGUGUGUCAACCUGGCCGGCUCCUUCCGCUGUUCCUGCUACUGGGGCUAUGAGGUGGCACCUGAUGGGAAGAGCUGCCAAGACAUCGAUGAGUGCAUGGCCCAGGCUGCCUGUCCCUCUGGACUCUGCCUCAACACCGAGGGCUCCUACUCCUGCAUGGCUUGUGACACCGGCUACACCGUCUCCAGAGAUGGCAGCACGUGCGAAGAUCUGGACGAGUGUGAGGACCCUGCUGUUCAGUGCCUGGGGGGAGAGUGCAGGAACACCCCAGGCUCCUACGAGUGCCAAUGCCAGGCUGGCUUCAGGCUCGUCAACGGCACCAUGUGUGAAGAUGUGAAUGAGUGCCUGAACAGCGAGAUCUGCAGGCCCAAUGGCGAGUGUCUCAACAGUCACGGAUCCUACUUCUGCGUUUGUGCUCCUGGCUUCUCGAAUGUGGCUGGGGGAGUCAGCUGCCAAGAUGUCGAUGAAUGCGCAGACAAGUCCCGGUGCUCACAAGGCCAGUGUCUGAACACAGAAGGCUCCUACAGGUGUCUGUGUGAAAACGGGUUCAAACACUCCCAGGAGACUGAUGACUGCGUGGACGUGGAUGAGUGUAAAGAGUACGGGGAUGCCAUCUGCGGCACGUGGCGGUGCCAGAACAGCCUGGGCUCCUACCGUUGUAUCAUGGGCUGCCAGCCUGGCUUCCACUGGACCCCCUUGGGUGACUGCAUUGACAUAGAUGAGUGUGCCAACGAGACGCUGUGUGGGAGCCACGGCUUCUGCGAGAACUCAGACGGCUCCUUCCGCUGCCUCUGCGACCGUGGCUACGAGAGGUCACCCUCUGGGCACUACUGCAUUGAUGUGAAUGAGUGUGAGCUGAUGGUCGCUGUGUGCGGGACUGCGCUUUGCGAGAACGUGGAGGGAUCCUUCCUGUGCCUCUGCCCCAGCGACCAUGAGGAGUAUGACACAGAGGCAGGGCAGUGCAAGCCCCGAGCACCUAUGGAGAGCAUUGAGACACAGGCAGCCCACCUUUUUGGCAGCGCAGAGCGCAAGCAGUGCUACUACCACAUCAGCGACGUUCGCUUGUGUGACAGUGUCCUGGCCAAGAACAUCACCAAGGAGGAGUGCUGCUGUACUGUGGGGGCAGCCUGGGGUGACAACUGUGAGACUUACCCCUGCCCCAUCCCGGGCACAGUGGAGUACCAAGAGAUCUGCCCUCUUGGGAAGGGCUAUGUUCCCCAGGAAGAUCUGCUCUCAGGAAGAGUCUCUUUCACAGAUAUGGACGAGUGUGAGAUAUUUGGCUCUGAGUUCUGUCGCAACGGACAGUGUUUGAACACAGUGCCGGGCUACAAGUGCUUCUGCCGUACAGGCUACUUCUAUGACUCCAGCAGGCUUGAGUGUGUUGACCAGGACGAGUGUCAGAAUGAAGUGUACUGCAUCAACGGCGAGUGUCUGAACACAGACGGCUCCUACCACUGCUUCUGCAGCCUUCCUCUUGUGCUGGAGGCCCCCGGCAACCGGUGUGUGAACCUCUCCAGCAGGGCAGAUGCCCUGGAGGAGUAUGAAAUCCACCUGGACGUCUGCUGGCAGAACGUUGCCGACUACAUUUGCCAAGACCUGCUGCAUGGAGAGCAGACCACGUACACUGAGUGCUGCUGCCGGCUUGGUGAAGCCUGGGGCCAGAACUGCGCGCUCUGCCCACACAGGUCCUCUGCUGAUUUUGCUUUCCUGUGUAAUGGGGCGAGUGAAGACAGUGAGAGAGGGGCUGAGCUCCGAGAAAGACCUAGGUAUGAGUACGUACCAGGCUUGGAAGACCACCACUAUGGCCUUCCCAGACGAGAUAUGGGCCCCUACUACAACUACCUAGAGUCUGAGUAUGGAAACCCCGAUGCUGGUUUCCCUCGAAGGGAACCCAACAGUGAGUUUCGUGGCAGCCCUCUCUACCAUGGCCCAGGGCAGUCCCCCCCCCGCUACCUGCCUACCCAUCCAGGCCUCUAUGAGGGCUUUGAGGGGCUGCAGGCUGAAGAGUGCGGGAUCCUCAACGGCUGUGAGAACGGGCGCUGUGUGCGUGUCCAGGAGGGCUACACCUGCGACUGCUUUGACGGCUUCCAGCUGGACAUGACCCUCAUGGCUUGCGUGGACAUCAACGAGUGCGAGGAGGUGGGCAGCCCCGAGCCCCUGUGCCGGGGCGGCACCUGUGAGAACACGGAGG